UUCGUCAUAUGAAUAUUAAAAAAGCAAAACAAUAUAUAAGACAUGAUAGUGAUAGCGAAAACACACCUAUAAUUGAUAAUAAUAAGUAUAAUCUAGAAGAUGAAGAAAAAGCAAAUUUAACAAAUAAUGUGAAUCUAAGUACUAAUGAUGAAAUAGAAUACCAGUUAGACUAUAAAAGUGAAAAUGAUUUUGAAGGAUCUAAACAGUGGGAGCAACAACUUCAAGAAAUAGUUGAAAAGAUACAACAGUUAAUCGACAAUGCUAAUAUAUCAAAACCCUGA